CUCACAUAUCACAUAAGUAUUCCGUUGACAAGCCGUGUAGUAACUCUGUGGUAUAGACCACCUGAACUUCUACUCGGAGCUAAUCGUUAUGGGGUUGCAGUAGAUUUAUGGAGCACUGGUUGCAUACUGGGGGAACUAUAUGCUGGCAGACCCAUUUUGCCGGGCAAAACAGAGGUUGAGCAGUUGCAUCGGAUUUUUAAACUCUGUGGCUCACCAUCUGACGACUAUUGGCUUAAAUCGCGGUUGCCACAUUCAACUGUAUUCAAGCCUCCACACCAUUAUAGGCGAUGUAUUACUGAGACAUUUAAGGAAUACCCAUCUACUGCUGUUAAGCUUAUAGAGACCCUACUUUCUGUAGAUCCAGCACAAAGAGGAACAGCAGCUGCUGCUCUGAAAAGCGAGUUCUUUACAUCAGAGCCUCUCCCUUGUGAUCCAUCAAGUUUACCAAAAUAUCCUCCCAGCAAGGAGAUUGACUCUAAAUUGCGGGAUGAAUCAACCAGAAGGCAAGGAGCUGUUGGUGAAAGGGAGCAAAAGGUUGGCUCAGGGGUUAGACAAGAAAAAGGACCUAGGGCCCAUGUCACAACAAAAGGCAAUGUUGACAUAGGCGCAUCAAUACAGCAAGCGCAACGUCAUUCCAGCUCAAAUCACCGGAGUGAAUUGUCCUACCCUCAUAGAGGACCUGUGUCUGGGUUUCUGGGUGUCGCCCACAAACAGUCAGAAGAUGUUAAAGAAAUGGGAAAUAAUUCAUCUGGGCAUCUUUUCAAGAGGCCUUCACAUUCAGGUCCUUUGGUUCCUGGUUAUGGCUGGGCAAAGGGUGCAAAGGAAGUUGAUGAUGGACCUCCAGUUUCGAACAGAGUGAACCUAUCGAAACUAUCUGGGCUUGUGGCAUCUAGGACUUCAUUGCCUGAAGAUCAGGGGGAAAAACCAGCUCACUUGCACCACAGAAAACCAGUUGAAGUAAGAAAAUCCGUGGAGGCAACUAGUGGAUCAGAGUCACGAAGAAGGCACGAUCAAAAACGGAUUGUUGAUCAAAGUCAAAUUGACAAUCGGAGGGUCCCCGCUGAAAAAUCAACUCCGGAUGGGCGUGGAUCCAGUGCGUCUGGAGGAAACAAGAUAUACAUGUCAGGUCCGUUACUCGUUUCGUCGAACAAUAUGGAUCAGAUGCUCAAAGAGCAUGAUAGAAAGAUUCAGGAGUUUUCAAGACGAGCCAGAAUCGACAAAUCAAGAACAAAAGGUGAGAAAGUUCGUGCACAGAGAAAGUAGUCAAGCUACUUUAAGCAUAUCUGCUUACAUAUUUUUAUGAACAGUAUUUAUUUAUCUCUCAAAACAAGUGGGGAGAGGAAGAAGAGUGCAUUUACUCUUACUGUAGUAUAUGUCAUGUAAAUUGCAGGCUCUAGAAGAAGAAUUUUAUGUUGCUUCUGCUCCUUUUUACCCUUAUAUAUAAAAAAAAUAUAAGCAAUUUAAUUUAUCA